AUGACAUUACUUUUGGCUCUUUACAACUGUGGCCAAUCUGUGACAGCAUCAAUGAAGUUUUGCGGAAGCUCCGUUGGUUCUGCAACUUUGUCGGCUUAUACAUCGCAAUAUACUUGGUCGUCUUUGAUUGUCAAUAGUUACCAAAGCGCAACAGAAACUGGUUCAGGAUCAGGAUCAGGUUCCGGUUCUAGUUCAGGAUCAGGAUCAGGUUCCGGAUCAGGUUCGGGAUCAGGUUCUGAAAACAAUGGUGGCUCAACUACUUCUCAACAAGCUGGUGGUUCUAUAUCAGUUGUUUCAAGUACUUCAACUUCAACUUCAGCUUCAACUUCAACUUCGGUUUCAACUUCAACUUCAACUUCAACUUUGAUAUCGACAUCUUCAUCAUCAUCAAGCUCAUCCUCAAGUUCCUCAACUACAAGUUCUUCAUCCUUAAGUACAACAUCUACGUCCACAUCUUCCACAUCUACUACAACUUCAACCUCUUCAACUUCUUCUACCACUUCGAACAGUGUUGUCAUUUCUUCUUGGUUUUCUGGGAUUGAGGACUUAAUUGAGUGUAAUAUUCCAACGACAGCAACUCUCCCUUAUUCAUCAAUAUAUUUCUCUACUUUUACAUCAAAUAGUGGCACUGAAGCUACAAUUUCAACUUAUUCCGCAACAACAACUGAGUGGCAGGCUUCUUCAUGGUACAGUGGAAUUGGUGAUUAUACUGGUUAUGAAAGUUCAGUCCCAACUGCUUCGUGGCAAUGUGAAAAUUACUGUCAACUUUUGAUAAGCGUAAUUACUUCUAAUACCGAUAGUUCCAAACUUUGUUCUCAAUUAUCAAGCUUUUCACCUCAGAUUACAUCGAACUGUUUGAUUUGUGCUUCACAAUUUUAUACCACUUACCAAUUGCUUUCAAAUAUGGUUUUCCCAUCUUUUGAAAAAUGUGAUCUUUCAUUUACUGCAUCACUUCCAUACUCUGCGACUACGACUUCAUCAUCUACUUCAACUAGCACUUCAACAACUACUUCAACAAGUUCUUCGUCAUCUACAUUGUUGACAACUAGUACUUCAUGGCAAGUUGCUUCAUGGUAUAGUGGAAUUGGUGAUUAUACUGGUUAUGAAAGUUCAGUUCCAACUGCUUCGUGGCAAUGUGAAAAUUAUUGUCAACUUUUGAUAAGCGUAAUUACUUCUAAUACCGAUAGUUCCAAACUUUGUUCUCAAUUAUCAAGCUUUUCACCUCAGAUUACAUCGAACUGUUUGAUUUGUGCUUCACAAUUUUAUACCACUUACCAAUUGCUUUCAAAUAUGGUUUUCCCAUCUUUUGAAAAAUGUGAUCUUUCAUUUACUGCAUCACUUCCAUACUCUGCGACUACGACUUCAUCAUCUACUUCAACUAGCACUUCAACAACUACUUCAACAAGUUCUUCGUCAUCUACAUUGUUGACAACUAGUACUUCAUGGCAAGUUGCUUCAUGGUAUAGUGGAAUUGGUGAUUAUACUGGUUAUGAAAGUUCAGUUCCAACUGCUUCGUGGCAAUGUGAAAAUUAUUGUCAACUUUUGAUAAGCGUAAUUACUUCUAAUACCGAUAGUUCCAAACUUUGUUCUCAAUUAUCAAGCUUUUCACCUCAGGUUACAUCGAACUGUUUGAUUUGUGCUUCACAAUUUUAUACCACUUACCAAUUGCUUUCAAAUAUGGUUUUCCCAUCUUUUGAAAAAUGUGAUCUUUCAUUUACUGCAUCACUUCCAUACUCUGCGACUACGACUUCAUCAUCUACUUCAACUAGCACUUCAACAACUACUUCAACAAGUUCUUCGUCAUCUACAUUGUUGACAACUAGUACUUCAUGGCAAGUUGCUUCAUGGUAUAGUGGAAUUGGUGAUUAUACUGGUUAUGAAAGUUCAGUUCCAACUGCUUCGUGGCAAUGUGAAAAUUAUUGUCAACUUUUGAUAAGCGUAAUUACUUCUAAUACCGAUAGUUCCAAACUUUGUUCUCAAUUAUCAAGCUUUUCACCUCAGAUUACAUCGAACUGUUUGAUUUGUGCUUCACAAUUUUAUACCACUUACCAAUUGCUUUCAAAUAUGGUUUUCCCAUCUUUUGAAAAAAAAUGUGAUCUUUCAUUUACUGCAUCACUUCCAUACUCUGCGACUACGACUUCAUCAUCUACUUCAACUAGCACUUCAACAACUACUUCAACAAGUUCUUCGUCAUCUACAUUGUUGACAACUAGUACUUCAUGGCAAGUUGCUUCAUGGUAUAGUGGAAUUGGUGAUUAUACUGGUUAUGAAAGUUCAGUCCCAACUGCUUCGUGGCAAUGUGAAAAUUACUGUCAACUUUUGAUAAGCGUAAUUACUUCUAAUACCGAUAGUUCCAAACUUUGUUCUCAAUUAUCAAGCUUUUCACCUCAGAUUACAUCGAACUGUUUGAUUUGUGCUUCACAAUUUUAUACCACUUACCAAUUGCUUUCAAAUAUGGUUUUCCCAUCUUUUGAAAAAUGUGAUCUUUCAUUUACUGCAUCACUUCCAUACUCUGCGACUACGACUUCAUCAUCUACUUCAACUAGCACUUCAACAACUACUUCAACAAGUUCUUCGUCAUCUACAUUGUUGACAACUAGUACUUCAUGGCAAGUUGCUUCAUGGUAUAGUGGAAUUGGUGAUUAUACUGGUUAUGAAAGUUCAGUUCCAACUGCUUCGUGGCAAUGUGAAAAUUAUUGUCAACUUUUGAUAAGCGUAAUUACUUCUAAUACCGAUAGUUCCAAACUUUGUUCUCAAUUAUCAAGCUUUUCACCUCAGAUUACAUCGAACUGUUUGAUUUGUGCUUCACAAUUUUAUACCACUUACCAAUUGCUUUCAAAUAUGGUUUUCCCAUCUUUUGAAAAAUGUGAUCUUUCAUUUACUGCAUCACUUCCAUACUCUGCGACUACGACUUCAUCAUCUACUUCAACUAGCACUUCAACAAGUACUUCAACAAGUUCUUCGUCAUCUACAUUGUUGACAACUAGUACUUCAUGGCAAGUUGCUUCAUGGUAUAGUGGAAUUGGUGAUUAUACUGGUUAUGAAAGUUCAGUUCCAACUGCUUCCACUUCAACAACUACUUCAACAAGUUCUUCGUCAUCUACAUUGUUGACAACUAGUACUUCAUGGCAAGUUGCUUCAUGGUAUAGUGGAAUUGGUGAUUAUACUGGUUAUGAAAGUUCAGUCCCAACUGCUUCGUGGCAAUGUGAAAAUUACUGUCAACUUUUGAUAAGCGUAAUUACUUCUAAUACCGAUAGUUCCAAACUUUGUUCUCAAUUAUCAAGCUUUUCACCUCAGAUUACAUCGAACUGUUUGAUUUGUGCUUCACAAUUUUAUACCACUUACCAAUUGCUUUCAAAUAUGGUUUUCCCAUCUUUUGAAAAAUGUGAUCUUUCAUUUACUGCAUCACUUCCAUACUCUGCGACUACGACUUCAUCAUCUACUUCAACUAGCACUUCAACAACUACUUCAACAAGUUCUUCGUCAUCUACAUUGUUGACAACUAGUACUUCAUGGCAAGUUGCUUCAUGGUAUAGUGGAAUUGGUGAUUAUACUGGUUAUGAAAGUUCAGUUCCAACUGCUUCGUGGCAAUGUGAAAAUUAUUGUCAACUUUUGAUAAGCGUAAUUACUUCUAAUACCGAUAGUUCCAAACUUUGUUCUCAAUUAUCAAGCUUUUCACCUCAGAUUACAUCGAACUGUUUGAUUUGUGCUUCACAAUUUUAUACCACUUACCAAUUGCUUUCAAAUAUGGUUUCCCCAUCUUUUGAAAAAUGUGAUCUUUCAUUUACUGCAUCACUUCCAUACUCUGCGACUACGACUUCAUCAUCUACUUCAACUAGCACUUCAACAAGUACUUUCAACAAGUUCUUCGUCAUCUACAUUGUUGACAACUAG